AUGCGCCUGCCAGCCGACUCUAUCAAUACAUGGGCCGACUUCAAGUCAGUUUUCCUAGCCGAGUUUUUCCCAUCUUCGAAGACAAGUGCAUUGAAGAGGAAAAUAUCGUGCAUAAGGCAAGAAUAUGAUGAAACCCUGAGCGAGUAUUGGGAGAAGUACAUGAGCCUUUUGGAAUCAUGCCCCAACCAUCGGAUGAAGGAGAUAGAGGUGCACCACACCUUCUAUGAGGGGAUGAAUAAGGAAACCAAGGAUCUGGCGAAUUCAUCAUCUGGAGGCGAUUUCACCCAGUUGAGAGUAAGUGAAGCCAAGAAGGUGUUACGCAAGCUGUUGAAUGCGAAGAAGACGUACGACAACGCGAGAGAUGGGUACAGCAGAGAAAGGAACACUCCACCACCUUCUCCAACUGGAGGCCAAGAAGCCCCAGCACUACCAUAUGAUCAGCCGGACAACUCGCUGGAUGUGGAGCAAGCAAAUGCCGCAGGAUACUACAAUUCCAACGGCAAUUGGAUUCCGGGAAAACAAAGAGAUGCACCGUGGAGGGACCACCAAAAUUUCCGAUGGGGAGAUGGAAAUCAGAAUCAGAACCAAAAUCAGGCUCCAAAUCAACCCAACCCCCAACCGAACCAAUAUCCCAACCGCGGACCAACAAACCCUGACUACCAGUCUAACUGGGUAGGAAGGAACCAGCAUCCUCAGAACCAAAACUCUCAAAACCAGAACCCGAACCCUACUUAUGUGCCACCCCAUCAGCGAAACUCUCAAAACCAAAACCAGAACCAGAACCAAUUUAACCCAGGGCCUCAACAUAACACCCACCACCAAAACCAAAGUCAAUAG